CCAUAAUCCGUCUGCCGAUUGCAAGGGAGCAAACCCUGGAUGCCGUCUUGGACAUACAAGUACAAACCUCAAACUAGCCGCCUUACUGAGUUUUCUAGACACCUCGACAUGCAACGCAGAAGUUUGUGUGUUACGUUGGUUGCGCUUCUGUGCGUGUCGCUUCUACCUGUAGUUCGAGGCGACAUCGACAUCUACGUGGACCGCAAUGCACCUGAGUCUCGCGGGAAUGGAACGCAAUCAAACCCUUGGGGGACGCUGGACGAUGCCAUAAAUCAAGCUCUGCUCGGCCCCAAUGGAGGCCACAAACGAAUUCACCUCAUCUCCCCCGGAGACUAUCCUUUGAAUCAAGCCGAGUAUGGUUUGUCCGUCAAUUUGGCGAUUCAAGGAACGGAAGAGUCUUGGAAUGUGCUCGGCGGGCCGAAGAUCGUGCGCGGCCCUUUGGUAGAGGGUUCCGUGGUUCAAAUGUCGAUCAUUGGCGACGAUCCUUCCAUUGCAUUCUCGAACGUCGUUUUCGGGCUGCCUGAGCAAUCCUCCGAUCCCUCCACCUUCUUAUUUAUGUUCAGCAACCCCGAGUUGGAGGUGUCUCUGACGUUUGACAAUGUCACUUUCGCUGGGGGCCCCCAACCCGACUUCGACAGCAUGGUCGAUGUUCUGUCCCUUAAACUCGAACUGGACUGGUUCGUGUAUUUGGACUGGUUCGUGUAUUUGUCAGAUACCGUCACGUACACUGGCUGCAAAGUUUUGCAAGGCGUCUUUUACUACCCAACCCUCCCGAACGCUAUGGUAUUCAUUAGCGAUCUAUACUUUAAAGCGCGAUCCGGAACCGUAUCCACCGAUUUGACAAAUAUUGUCAUCAUAAGUGACCUAUGUCUGGAGGGUGCUUCGGUGAUCACUCAAACAGCCGGAUCCGGUCAGACAACCCUGACCAAUGUGCACAUCGAAAAGAACGAUUUGUCGAACCCCAAGCAUUGGUGCAGUUCUGUGCUGAGCAUGCAGUCAUCGGAAGGGGGAUCCUUGUCAGCGGUGACAAUCAAAGGCUGGAGCGGGCGUGUGCUAGACAUAAGGCGCGGCACGAAUAUCAUCAAUGGCUUAUCCAUCGUCGAUAGUACGGUAAACUUCCCUGGCGCUCAACCGGUGUAUUCAAACUUCAUGGAUGCGAUCCUACCCGUACCGACGGACUUGAUAUUCAUUGGAAGUUUGGCGACGGUCGAGAUAUCAAACUUCGUUUCAUCUGGAAAUGUCGGGCAAACGAACGUGCUCGGAACGCUCACGAUCGACGACGCGCUAAUGACCAAUAACCAGGCGGUGCUCCCGGGAAGCCCUGCGAUGCCAUAUUUGUUCGCAAUAACGUCAAAGGGAGUGCUCAUUUUAACCAAUUCGAAGAUCACAACUGAUCUUCAUAUCAACGUGACGACAGCCAUCUUGCAAUUGAAUGGCACGUCGAAGGCUGUUCUGGAUUCUGUGACGAUCGAUGAUCAAAGAUGUGCAGCGCAUUGCUUCCAUGUUUUCGAGAUGGGUGAUCUGACGAUUACAGACACGAUUCUCGCCCGUCUUUCAUCCGGCGAACCGCUAUUCAGAUUAGAACGGUCAGAAACCGAUCAGGAUUGGCCGACUACGUUGAUCCAAGGGGUCACUUUCGAGGGGCUAGCGAACACGAUCUUCUCUGGUUCCUUAUCCACUCUCCAAUUGGAAGCAUCCUCGUUCCAGCACUGCAGGGGCGCAUCGCUCCUAGAGCUGGGCUCAGGCAGCAGUUUCAGCGUUGAUAAGUGCACAGAACUGGACGUCAAACGACGGUGCAAUCCUCAGUGACUGCGACGGCACGGCAAGCUUCACAAACUCCGCGUUCAAUUCUAACACAGCCGCAGGUCGAGGGGGGGCGAUUUACGGCAACGUCAACGCUGGACGGUGCAGCAUCACCAUUGUUAACAGCACAUUCACAAACAACACUGCAAACAACGGCGGCGCCCUCUUCAUCGAGCGCUUCACCAGCCAGCCGAACCUCGUGGUUCAAAACGUCUCCUUCACCGAAAACACGGCGCUCCAGUACGGCGGCGCA